AUGAACAGUCUUCCUCGUGGUGUGCAUUUUAUUAUAAACAACGAAAAAUUUGACCAGCCUUUGAAGUUGUCUGAACGUAAUGGAACAAAUUUUGAUGCAGAAGGUCUUCACAAGCUGUUUAAUGCUUUGGAAUUUGAAUCGCAAAUUUACGACAAUGUAACCGUUGAGCAAAUGAAAAAUCUAUGCGAUCAUUACGCAAAAACGUUUAAAGACAAUUAUGAUUGUAUCAUUUGUGCAAUUUUAACCCAUGGAAAAGAAGGAAAACUUUAUGGUGUCGAUGGUACAGUAAAAAUAAAAGAGUUAACAGAAAAAUUUCAGGUGGAAAAACUCAAAGGGAAGCCGAAAUUGUUCUUUUUUCAAGCAUGUCAGGGUAAAUGUGAGAAGUACAUGGAAAGCUGUGAUGGAAUAGACGGAAAAAGUCGAAGUCAAACGGAAAGUGGCAAAAAUUUAGCAUUCCACUCACAAGAAUUUAGCAUUCCAAUUGAAGCUGAUUUUAUGUACGCAUAUUCAACUGUCCCAGGUUACUUAUCUUGGAGAAGUUCUGACCGUGGAUCAUGGUUCAUACAAUCUAUUAUAGAAGUUUUCAGUGAGCACGCUACUUCUAUGGACCUGCUGCGCAUGAUGACUAGAGUAAAUGCUGACGUUGCAAAAUUAGCUUCGAAGACGGAAGACAUAGAGUCAGACAAGAAGAAGCAGAUUCCAUCUAUAGUGUCUCAACUGCGAAAAGAUUUUAUUUCUUUCCACAAGAUCAGCAGCAGAAAUAAUUGUUGCCAAUCCAUUAUUUUUUCAUAUAAGUAAUCUAUGCCUUUGUUGGGAAUAAGUUAUGUUAUUUGAAUGUCCUACUGACAGAAAGACAAAUUCUCCUUAGUUGUUAUAAUUUCGUUAACCAAUAGGCUUAGAAAAAUUUUGAUUGAUGUUUUGUUGUAAAGGGGUUGAAGAGGGAGUCUGAGUGAGUGAGCAAUAUAUGUAUGAGAUAAACAUUGCAUGAGAAUAAAAUUUCGUUAUUCAAA